AUGGUGUCAUUGACGUCGACGACCAAAGCCUGCUUGCUCGCAGCCUUCUGGAGUUUCUCCUGGAUAUCAUGUUUGCCGACUCCGCCUUCGAAACUGGUGGAGAAUACGGCCUUUGAUCUGAACGAGCUACCUCGAGAUGUUGAAGAAGCAGAAAGUUCAGCAUUGCAUUCCUCAACCCUGGAGCCUACUGAUCGUACUGGAAGCUCUAGCACACCUGGUCAUGCAUUUGCCACUCAGCCUCACCAGUCGGCGCACUUCAGACCAUACUGGCAUCUGUCCGAAGCUUCCACCAGCAGCUCCAGGCCACUGGGGCAUUCAUUUGGCUGGCAGUAUGCUGACAUGCCGACUGUCCAGUAUCACCCUGUCCUGUUGCAACCUCAAUGGCAGCCAACCAGCUUUGCCGCUGGUCCUUACUGGCCUCAUGACCAGUCGUUCAACGCUGAACAUGUGAAUCAACCCGGGGCUGUACAAAUGCAAGCAUUUGUUCAGCAACCCGCUCCAACGCUCGGAACAGAGCACGCGCCAGCCGUGACGUUCGCACAGCCAAGAACUUGGAAGUCCUCUGCUGAACCUGGCGAACUCAGCUCGGGCGGUGCGUAUGGUGAACUUCGUGCGCAACAUUCGCCCUCGGUGACCACCAGUAAUAUCCUUGUGUCUGGACCCUCGGGUAAUCCUCGAGACAGAGCGGACACUGAUCCUCUUCUGGUUAGAUCCCCGGAGACCGAUGGCAAUGUGCCCCUCUUACCUGUUAAAAAGCUCCGCUACGAGCCCAGAAAACGUCACGAUUUGCCAAAAGCAGCUGCAUCUUCAAGAGCAAUUGUUGCAGGAGAACUUGCAGCUCAGAACCGACAUUAUGACCCUAAAGAUCUGCGACCGCUCUCAGGUUCCUACUUUCGCUUCUCUCAACGGAACGAUCCUAAAGUGACUCGUCUGAUCAAUGAACUUAGGCUGCCCGCAUCAGCUGAUGACGCCGAUGGCACACGAGCAAAUCGAGCUUAUUUGCAAAGGAGUAGAUUUCCAGCCAAUCCCGACACAUUCUUCCGUACAUUCUUCUGGAGCCGAAAAAUAGCGAAACAGAUCCUUCUUCAAGACGACGACGAGGCCAGAUACAUUCUUGUUUUCCCUCUCACCACCGCAAAAACAAUCUCACGCAACAGAUACGGCUCAGGUGUUGCUGCCUGGGAAAUUGGUAGACCCGAUCCAGCUGGUUCUCUGAACAUGUACUUCUAUGGCUUCCAUUCUUUCUCUCUUGAAGACUUUUCGCGUCUCGAUACACACCAAGCGGCAACGCGUAAAAGCUACUACUUCGUCGCACAACGCCCCAGUGAAGCUAACCAUCAGGAUGGUACAAAGCUUGGUAUCAUUGAAGCCGAUACUGAUGAUAGCAUCACACCCGGACUGGGAAUCGCUCCAGAUCUCCAGCAACAUCCGGAAAUCCGGGCUCUGAUCGAGUCUGGCCAACUACAACGUGCUAUUUCGAGCAGUGACCAUAUUUCUGGCAGACAUUUUUAUGUUGCUCAACAGUCCACCGUCGAAAAUCUGGCGCCGAUGAGGAGAUGGUUGAGGGCGGCGGGUCUUCCUCCUGGAACUCUCACUCCGCUCACUCUCAGUCCAAGACAGAUCGAAAAUCUGCCUCUGAUUUCGGCAGCUCGAUUUCGUAGGGGGCUGGCAGUUAAGAUCGUUACGGAGGAAAAUGGUGAGAUGUACAUGCUGGAUUUUUCCCGCGAAGUCCCGUGGCUCGGCUGGAACCAUAGGGGUGUGAUGGUCGUAUGGAAAUUUGGGCCCGAGGUUGGUAGAGCACGGCGGCUUCUCAUCAACAAGGGCUUUUUCUUGAUACAGCGUCACCUGUUUGAUCAGAUGAACCCUCACACAGUUCCUGGUCUUCGCGACUCAAGGUUUCAGUACAGUAUGACCAACCUUCCAUAG